AUGUCAACAUUGUCCUCCCCCCGCCCCUCAAUCGCUUCCUCUCGUGGCCAUUCGCCCGGUCCAGCUUCCUCUCGCCCCUCUCUCGAUGUACUAAACACCAACAUCUCCGGCGGCCUUAGCGCCGCCUCUACUCCGUCGACUGCGCGAGCCGUCUCUCCCAACCCCAUCGGCGGACGCCGGAAUCGCUCAGCCUUACGAGACUACUAUAAGCUCAAACCUCCUGGUUCCGAUAGCCCCGGCGGAUCUCGAUCCCAUAGCGUACCCCGCAACACCGACGCAGGCGAUAUCUCCAACCCCUCGACCCUGGAGACGGGUACGGAGCUAGACAAUGCGGACUUCGACCCUCAACGUUAUGUCGAUCAACUCCUAUCAACCUCAUCCCUGUCAACAAUUCUCAAGGCGGAAAAUACACUGGUUGGAGAUGUCCAUGGGGAGCGCAAAGCACUUGUAUACGAUAAUUACUCCAAGCUCAUCCGAGCCGUGGAAACAAUUGGGAAAAUGCGGCAAAGUAUGGACGAGCGCGGUGCGCCCCUGACGAUGACCAAGACUCUGGGUCCAGCCAUUUCAUUCGUUGCUGAGACUGCUGGCGGUCUUAUCAAAGAAGGGGAGGAACACCGCCGCCGCAUUAAGCAGGAACGAAGCCAACGGCCUGCUCCAACUCAUAAUAAGAACGAGAAGGAGACUGUCCAGUGGGUUCUUGCCUCGCCUCAAAGGCUGGAGAAAUAUCUUUCGGAGGACAAUCGCGAGGCCGCCUUAAAGGACUGGGAUGAGGUCAAAAAACUACUGGAUGCUUGGGGUGAAGUCAAAGGUGUUGCGGAAAUUCGUGAGGCUUGUGAGCAAGUCAUGAAUAAGGACAGCAAUGAUGAUUGA